CAACGGCCCAGUGAAAACAUUGCUACAAAUAACAAUUUGGUUUCAAUUUCAUUUGAUCGGGAAGUUUAGUGGAAAGGUUGUUUUGGGGUUUGGGAGUACAGAGAGCUUGUAAAGAAAGCUUCUGAAUUGAGGAACUCAACCAUGGCUGCCGCAGCGUCCACCUCGUCUUCUUCAGAGGAAGAGAUUACAUUGACGGUGAAGUGGAGCGGAAAGGAAUACACUGUACGAGUCUGCGGUGAUGACUCUGUGGCUGAGGUCAAGCGUCGAAUCUGCGAGCUUACUAACGUCUUGCCCAAGCGGCAAAAGCUUCUUUAUCCCAAAGUCGGAUCCAAGCUAGCCGAUGAUUCGCUUUUGCUCUCUCAACUUCCCCUUAAAUCAUCUCUUAAGAUGACCAUGAUCGGAACUGUUGAAGAUGAUAUAAUCGUGGAUCAAGUGGACUCCCCUGAAAUUAUUGAUGAUUUUGAACUUGGGAAAGAUGAAGUCAUUGACAUUAAGGACAAGGAUGUCAAUAAGCAGAAACUAAGAAGGCGUAUUAGUCAAUACAAGAUAGAACUUCGCAAUCCAUGCCGUGAAGGAAAGAAAUUGCUCGUUCUGGACAUUGAUUAUACACUUUUUGAUCAUCGCUCUCCUGCUGAAAAUCCUCUUCAACUCAUGCGGCCUUAUCUUCACGAAUUUCUGACAGCUGCUUAUGCUGAAUAUGAUAUCAUGAUAUGGUCUGCAACAAGCCUUAAGUGGGUUGAAUUAAAGAUGGGCCAGCUUGGCGUUCUCAGCAAUCCAAACUACAAAAUCACUGCUCUUCUAGACCAUUUAGCUAUGAUCACAGUUCAGUCAGAUUAUCGUGGGACCUUUGAUUGCAAGCCACUAGGUUUGAUUUGGGCACAGUUUCCAGAGUUUUAUAAUUCGAGGAAUACUAUAAUGUUUGAUGAUCUUCGGAGAAAUUUUGUAAUGAAUCCACAAAAUGGCCUGGUAAUCAAGCCAUUCAGGAAAGCUCAUGCUAAUCGUGAUAGUGACCAAGAGCUUAUGAAGCUCACUCAGUACUUGCUUGCCAUUGCGGAACUCGAUGACUUGAGUCCUCUUGAUCAUAACAAUUGGGAGCUAUACUCUGAAGAUGAUGGUCCCAAAAGACGGCGGCAUGCAUGAGUAAAACAGGGAUGCUGAUACCAGGGAUUUGGAUUUGAAGGUUCAUUAACCAAUGAUCUCAAUUCUAUAAUGAAAAUUCAUCCGCUGCUUUUGGUGAACUUGUUAUGUGCUCUCGUGACAUAAUUUAUAGAUUUUGAUAAAUAUGACCAUGUACUAUAAUGUAUUUUUUUUUUUUUUUUUUAAUGAUCGCAAAUAUCAUUUCCAUUAGGGAGGGGAUAGCUUGGAGUUAUAUAAGGGCUGGCUGGCUGGCAACCAGUGCUCUCUCUUUCCAAACUGAUACUGGCAAUCCAGCUAUAUUGGUAUUGGUAACCAUUCAAAAUGACAAAAUAAUUGCCACCUAUAUAAUGGGUCAUCAGAAUGAAAAUUAUUCUGACUUUUGGCUCA